UCUUCUUCUCCACCCACGCUUUGAACACUUGAACCCAGCCCCGCCACCCUUGACACUCUGUGUCAGGGUACUGGUCUCAGCAUCUGUACAUGGCGGUGGCCUGAGCCGUGACCCUGCCAGCGGUGCCGGGACAGUCCUGGUGACCCCCUGCCACCACAUACUACUGUGGCCAUUGUUCGUUUGACAUCGCUGCCUUUUGUUCCCCAACGAUCGUCGCAAAGACAAUGGACAUUGUAUCUCCAUCCACAAAGAGAAGCUCUUUCUUCUGGGUCCUGAAGCCAGUCUUGCACCAACAUCUCCCGCUCGCCUGGUGACGGCAGUGACCGCUGGACAAAGAGGGCCGGGCCAGAGUCAGUAGGGGCUGAGCUCUUGGGUGCUGGUACGAGCAGAGCAGCUUUAACAUACGGAUGAAAUCAGCACAGAGGGGCUUAUUUUACAGUAGCAACACCUUGCAGGCAGCACUGUACACCAGCGGCUGGCACCGGGACCUUUCUUGUUGUGGAGUACGGGUAUCGAGAGCAACAAAUGUUUCCGGUCAGACAGCCUUGGCUUUGCAAAGCCUUAGGUUGUUAUGAUUGCUGUGUCCGAUGCAUUGGGGCAGUGCCCUACCCGUCCCUGGUGGCCACCUUGCUGGUCUAUGCUGGCAUGGCGUUAUUUUGUGGCUGUGGGCAUGAAGCUCUGUCCCAGACCGAAGUCCUUGUGGAGACCUACUUCGCCCGCAACGUUCAGGACUAUAUGGUCAUGGCAUCUUUUAUCAAGUAUUUCCAGUACGUGAUCUAUGGCCUGGCCUCGUUUUUCUUCCUCUACGGCAUCCUGCUGCUGGCUGAGGGGUUUUACGCCACCAGCGCCGUCAAGCAGACCUUCGGUGAAUUCCGGAGCACCCAGUGCGGCCGCUGCCUCAGCCUGACGUUUAUCAUCGUGACGUACAUCUUGGCCUUCAUUUGGCUGGCCGUGUUCGCCUUCACCGCCAUCCCCGUCUUCUUCCUGUUCAACAUGGAGCAGACCUGCCACGACAUCAACAUCCUGGCCGAGACGACCCCCAGCAUAAAUCAGCACGGCUGGAUUUGCAUGGACGCCAGGCAGUUCGGUCUGCUUCCUUGGAACGCGAUGCCAGGCAAGUCCUGUGGAAUGACCUUGGCAUCUAUUUGCAAAACCAGUGAAUUCUACGUCACCUAUGACUUGUACAUUGCUGCAUUCGCUGGUGCUGGGAUCACUCUGUUGGCUCUGUUUCUGUACCUAGUCGCCACCACUUACAACUAUGCCGUCCUGCGGUUUCUGGGGAGGAAAGGCAUCCGCUAAUCGAAACGUCUCCAUCUCAGUCGACCCCAUUCUCUGGCUGUGGGAUGGACAGUCAACAUGUGCAGCACUACACUUCUGUUUGUCCUCUUGGGAACAGCAACUUCCAAAAAGCCUGGAUCACCUGCUAGUAAUUCUUUAGACGUGGCCAAUAACAGACGAACGGUUCCCAUCACUGUUACGCAUGAGCAAUGCGUCUCUUAGCUUUGUUGUUCAUUUACCUCUUCUGGUUGUGAUCUAAUUGUAUCCUUGUGUAGCUUCACUGGUGCUGAUGCUGUUGUGAAGUUUGAUGUAUCACUUUUCCUGAAUAAUUACGGGGUCACCUUACUAAGCUAACAGCAUGUACAGCAUUCAGUGAAUGUACCAGGGCUCUUGGUUUGAGAUAUCCUCCAACUUUCAAUUAUGCAUUCACUUGCAAUACACACUCGGUCAUAAUGCAUUUUUUAAUCUUCCAAUGAAAAGAAGAAAUACAUAUCUGGAUCCAUUUUGCCAUCGGGUUUUUUGUUUCCGGCUUAAAUGUAACUGAUUCUGUGUCACAGAAGUGCUGAUGCUUCCAUAACCUGCCUCGAGGUGACUUGUGCUUAAUGUUUACCAGUGUUAGUGCUGUGUGUGCUCUUUUCACAAUAAAGCUGAUUAAACCAU